AUGAAUCUUAAGACUUACAUCCUUCGUCGAUCCGCCGCUAGCCCAUACUACUUCGAAUACGAAGGCCCGGAAGAGAAGUUGGAACCGCCCACGCGCAACCCGGAGGUUCUACUCGCUCGGCAGCCAUCUAAGCCUGGUUUCGGUUAUCAUUUUUGUAUUUACACCGGCGACGUAACAUCUGGGACUGCUAUCCAGUUAACGAACCCUUUCAACCGCAUGUUUCCUCGCGCUGACCACGGAGAAGCCGAAGAAUAUUAUUGGGGUUGGAAAUGGAGGUCGUCGUACUGGUUUGUAACGUUUGUGAUGUGGCUAGGCACCGUCGUAGACGUUCUUACUUUUGCUUUGAGUAUACCCGUAGUCCCUUUCCAGCUCAAGGCCCUCGGUUACAAGGACGUCGUUUCUCUGAAUGGGUGGCUUCUUUUUGCAUAUAGUGCAGGCGGUAUCAUAGCAUCUGUUCCCGUCGCUCUAUGGUCUGAAGCGUACAACACGCAAAGGCUUCCCUACAUUACCGGUGUCUUGACGCUCAUAGUUUCCCAAAUCAUGUUCAUGGAGGCGCCUUCUUACUGGGUCAUGUGUUUUGCACGGUGUCUUCAGGGCGCAGGAAACUAUACAAGGUUGGUUGUUGGUUCAGCUCUUUUGUGUGAUCGAAGUCCUUCCAGAGUUGUUGGUAGACAACUUGGUAUUAUGAUGUCCGGUGUACUCCUUGGUAUGCUUAUCGGAACCCCGAUAGGCGGGCCGCUAUACGCCCGUUUCGGAUUUCGCUCCUCAUCACCGGCGCAUCCAGGGACCCCGCCGUCCUCGAUAAUAUCGGAUCAUAUACCGUUAGAGAGGAAGGAACUAGAUAACAAGGAGAUUGGAGCUACAGUUCAAUCGGAUGAAGCUAGAAUCUCCUUCGUGAAGGCUUUCUGUCUUUUGCUCCAAUCACAUCGCGCUCUAGGGGCAGUAUGCGUCUCAGCUAUAAUCGCCAUAUUGGAGGGUAUGUUGACCACGGUCUUACCUUCUCAUCUGAACAGUGUCUGGGGCCUGGAUGCCUCAGAAGUUGGCCUUGUUCUUUUGGCUUCUAUUAUUCCCACCAUCUUUGCCCCGCCGAUUUCAGGCUGGCUCGCAGAUCGCUUUGGUGUUUCGAUAGUUAUCAUGAUUACCCUGAUAUCUGCCAUGCCUGGGUACAUUGUGAUGAUCCUGGAUGUACAUCUGGCGCUACUUAUCGCAGCUUAUGCCUGUGCAAGCCUCGCGACUUUGGUGUUUACAGAGUGUGCAUCCAUCGCACGUACCACUGGUGGCGUUAACUAUGCGCAUGUCUAUGCGCUUAGCAAUCUGACGUAUGCGAUCGGAUCCUCGGUUGGACCUAUUGUGGGUGGUCAGAUGUACGACAAUAUCGCCGAAGGAUGGAUGGCGAUUUGUUUGAUGGCUGUGGGGUUACUUGCUCUUUGUAUGGUCGUGGCACUCUUCCUCAUUGGAGGGAAGCCCAUUGGGAGAAGCCUCUUGCAGCGCUUAUAA